GGGACUCUUACAUUUGGACCACCGUUCAAUUAGUUCCUAGCCUAACUUGUCCUUCGUUGUAUUUUUGGUGUCAUCAAUAUCAACAAUGGUUUCCCAGUCUCUAAAUUCAUUAAAGCAAAUCAUGCGAGCGAUGGUGGAUAGUCCUGGUUUUGACCGGGUUUUAAAUAAGGUUGAAAUCUUGUCUGCAACACCGGGGAGAGUUGUGUGUGAGAUAAGAGUUGCGGAAGAACACACGAACAGAGUCGGAACUCUUCACGGAGGACUGACGGCCACGCUGAUUGACGUGAUCUCCACCACUGCCAUUAUGUACAGUGAGAGAGGAGCACCUGGAGUCAGCGUAGACAUGAAUAUAACAUACAUGAAUGCUGCUAAAGUUGGAGAAGACGUAUUAAUCACGGCUCAGGUUUUGAAACAAGGAAGAACUUUGGCUUUUGCAACAGUUGAUCUCACAAACAAGGCAAAUGGAAAACUCAUUGCUCAAGGAAGACACACCAAGCACCUUGGUAGUUGAUUGUGUAUGUGUACCGUAAACAAUGUUACAUUUUCU